UUUUGUUUGUUGUUUUGUUUUUUGAGAAGUGGAAGCGGCCGCCCCCAUGGUGAUUAAGAAGAGGUGAACGGGCAGUCAGAGCUCAAUCCACAUCGUCUCUCUCCAUUCCCCAAUAUCAAAUCAGAAGACGAACCAGAGGACGAGAGAGGGGAAUGGCCGGCGCUGCUGAUGCAGGGGUUUGUGGAGUUUGUUUCAACCAUUGCAAGUAUGAGAGCAAGGGAAGCGGUUUCAGCAUGCUUGCAUGGGAGGAGUUCAAGAAUGCAGGGGUUGUGCCUUGCAAUGAAAGGGCCCGUUUCAACAAUGCGACAAGAGAGAAGGUGACGUUUGUGGCAAACCAACGGGCAUACACUGUAAAGUGUUACAAGGGUCGCAGAAAGAGCGCUAUGUAUGGGAGAGGUUGGAGGAAGUUCUAUGAAGACAACAAUCUGGGCAAGGGUCAGAUGGUGGUGUUCUACCUGGAUGAACCUUCGCCUACGGCAUCUAUUUUGUGGUUCCAGGUGGGCAACGGCUCUGAAGAUGAACAGCCUAUGGAAGAGGGUGAUCCCAUUGAAGAUUCAGAUUUCAGGUAAUGAGGAUGGAGAAGC